GCAACUUAAAGACAACACUUCGAAUUCUUCCCGGGUCCGUUCGUAAACGGCAUCUUUCACACAUAUGGUUUGUCCUGCGCAUACACAAACUCACAGAUAUCGGAGUCUAAGAAUAUGGAGACGGCAUUAUCCACGAAUGUUCCCAGGUCUCGGCCUACGUCAACUUCUACAUCGGGUAUUAGAGCUUGCACGAACUGCUCUCGAGUUAAAUGCAAGUGUAUAUAUCGGGCUGACAGCACCAUCUGUGAACGGUGCUACCGCUUGAAGAAAAGUUGCACGCCAACAGAAUCGGCUGGGCGUCGCGUGGGAAAACGUCGUGGCGUUUCUAGAACUGCCCGACUCGAAGAAAAACUUGAUAAACUUAUGUCAAGUUUAAAAUCACAGAAAGAGACCAGAGGAACCCACACGGAAGAUGAAGUAGAUAAUCACGAUGGGCAGCAAGGAGCUCUUGAGUCCAAUACAGAGGUGCCAUCGGUCACCAUCGCGCCUUCAGUGCCGGCUACUCAAUCUCUUGGAGGGAUAACCGCAUUUGACAUUACGAAAACUUCAAGUUCAAGUAUUUCUUAUUUUGACGAAACGUCCCCGUCGGAGGCAGAAGAUUUACUAAGAAAAUUCCGAGAUGAAACUGCAGGUUUUCUGCCAUUGGUCUAUAUUCCUCCAUAUGCGAGAGCCCAACAGCUUCGGGAAAUGUACCCAUUUCUAUGGCUAACUAUAAUGUGCACGGCGUCAACGUCACCAAGGAAACGAACCGCCUUAAGUGAGCAGGCAAAGAACAUUGUAGUUCUGAAGGUGGUUAUGCACAGGGAGAAGAGCAUAGAUCUUCUUCUGGGACUCCUCAUAUUUGUAGGAUGGUCACAUCUGCAUAAACGAGAUAAACCUUUCUGGACAUUAUUCUCUCAACUGAUUGUUACUCUAGUUUGUGACUUGGGUCUCCAUAGGCCACCGUCCGACCCGACUGUGUUCUGUGCUGCUGGUGAUAUUGGUGAGCAGCGGGUGUCAACUCUGCUUAAGAGGCGCCCCCACGAGGAGCAACGCGCAGUGUUAGGUGCUUUUGUUGUUACCUCUAUGAUAUCGAAUAUCUUCAAACAUGCACCUGGGCUCCGUUGGUCCCCUUACCUUGACGUCUACCUUUCAAACCUUGCUCAAAGCAGCAAAGCAUCUCUAGACGAAAGCCUCACAGCAAUGGUAAAAAUGCAACUAAUCGCAAACCAGAUAUAUGAUGAUUCUCUAUACGCCAACGGUCGCCGGCCUCCGCCACUUUAUUUGUCUGCUCUUCGAUCACAGCUACACGAGAUAACCAAACAGGAAAACCUUAGCGCGGAGGUCAGAAAUGAUCAUAUGAUCUUAGAGCUCUAUCACUUCACGGAGCUUUUGAUAAAUGAAUCCGAAAUAAGCAAGCCGACCACACCAUGGAACGAGCCGGACUUGCGACGAUUUGAGAUCUACCAGCGCUGCCUUGUGUCAAUUAAAGCGUACCUUGAUACGUUCUUCUCUACCCCUAUACCUCUCCUAGGUAACAUGUCAUUCGCCAGUUAUCCUCGACUUGUCACGGUUAUGAAAGGCUUACAUACAUUAACCAUUUUACAAGAUCCAAGCUGGGAUCGGGUGGCGGUUCGGAGAACUGUUGACCUCAUUCCGACUUGUGAUAAAAUCAUCGGGCUGUUCGAGUAUUUGAAGGCCGCCUCCACCUUGGUUUCACUCGACGGCGGCGAUGAUGAAUCGUAUAACUGGGGCCUUGGGGUUUUCCGGAAGUUGAGAGAAGUCUGGCAGUAUGACCUGGAAAAUGCGGACGCAGCGAACAUUUCAAACCAGGAAAAUAAUAUGUUUGAUGGAGUUCGGGGUGGUGGGCCUACAACGCCUAUAGACAAUGCUAGUGAUUCAUGGUUCUUUAAUGUGUUCGACGAUCUUUAG